UUAUAUAUCCCUCCUCUCUCACUCUCUCUCUCUCACCGUAGGGUUACCGCCUAAUCUCUCUCUCUCUCUCUCUCUCUCUCUCUCUCUCUCUCUCCACAACCAUGGAUGCAAGCGGUGUCGUAACGGUCUACGGGAACGGCGCACUCACCGAGACCGCCACCUCAAAAAAAUCCCCCUUCUCCGUCAAGGUGGGCCUGGCCCAGAUGCUCCGUGGCGGGGUCAUCAUGGACGUCGUCAACGCCGAGCAGGCCCGGAUCGCCGAGGAGGCCGGGGCCUGCGCCGUCAUGGCCCUGGAGCGGGUCCCGGCCGACAUCCGGGCCCAGGGCGGCGUGGCCCGGAUGAGCGACCCGCAGCUCAUCAAGGAGAUCAAGCAGGCCGUCACCAUACCCGUCAUGGCCAAGGCCCGGAUCGGACACUUCGUCGAGGCCCAAAUCCUCGAGGCGCUGGGGAUCGAUUACGUGGACGAGAGCGAGGUCUUGACGCUCGCCGAUGAUGAGAAUCACAUCAACAAGCAUAAUUUUCGGAUUCCGUUUGUUUGUGGGUGUAGGAAUCUUGGGGAGGCUCUCCGACGUAUCAGAGAGGGCGCCGCCAUGAUUCGCACCAAGGGGGAGGCAGGUACUGGCAACAUAAUCGAGGCAGUCCGCCAUGUGCGCUCCGUGAUGGGCGAUAUUCGUGUGCUUCGCAACAUGGACGACGACGAGGUCUUCACCUUUGCCAAAAAAAUUGCAGCUCCAUAUGACUUGGUUAUGCAGACGAAGCAGCUGGGGAGGCUUCCGGUGGUCCACUUCGCGGCUGGUGGAGUUGCUACCCCGGCCGAUGCGGCAUUGAUGAUGCAGCUGGGGUGUGACGGGGUUUUUGUCGGAUCGGGUGUGUUCAAGAGUGGUGACCCAGCAAGGCGGGCACAUGCCAUUGUUCAGGCUGUUACUCACUACAGUGAUCCUGAUGUACUUGCGGAGGUGAGCUGUGGUUUGGGGGAGGCCAUGGUGGGGAUAAACCUCAAUGAUGAUAAGGUCGAGAGGUACGCAAACCGGUCAGAGUGAUUUGCUCUCAAUUGCUUGUUGUAGGUGAGGGUCCUAAGAUUCCUCUUGGGCUAUUAUGUUAGCCAAUAAUAGCAAUUUGGUUUUCUUUGUUGUCAUGUUAGGUUUUGAAUUACCCUGAUAAUAAUGAAUUGGAUUGUCUCUCCAUGUUAUAGCUUUACAGGAUACAUGUUUUCAAGGUUAAUGGAUUGAUUUAAUCGUCAGUCAUAGGUUUAAUCUUCUGUUGUAAACUAUUUAUGUUGAACUGCUUUUUUGGAGCUACUUUGUGUUGCAUAAGUAUCAACAGAUACUGGUAAAUAUCGAAGUUGAUGGAUUUGUGCAAAA